GCUAUCCCACCACCAGGCGCACUUCCCGACAGGACCUCCCACCAGCCCAGCCUCUCACUGCAGGUCCCAGCCCCCACCCCCAACCGAGUUGCAGGAUGUCGAUGACAGACUUGCUCAGCGCUGAGGACAUCAAGAAGGCGGUGGGGGCCUUUGCCGCCGCCGAGUCCUUCGACCACAAAAAGUUCUUCCAGAUGGUGGGCCUGAAGCAGAAGAGCGCUGAGGACGUGAAGAAGGUGUUCCACAUCCUGGACAAGGACAAGAGUGGCUUCAUCGAGGAGGAAGAGCUGGGAUCCAUCCUGAAGGGCUUCUCUGCAGAUGCCAGAGACCUGUCUGCUAAAGAAACCAAGACGCUGCUGGCCGCUGGAGACAAGGAUGGGGACGGCAAGAUCGGGGUGGAUGAAUUCUCCACUCUGGUGGCCGAAAGCUAAGAGGCGUGGACACCCCAGGCCUUCCACCUCUCUGCCCCAAACCCCCAAUUUCAGCCCCUCUUGCUGCCCUCCUGCGUUUCUGUUCAGUUUGUUUAUGUUAUUUUUUACUCCCCCCUGUCCCCUGUCGGCCCUCGAAUGACACCGUUCUUCUGGAAAAUGCUAGAGAAACAAUAAAGGCGGUACCAAUUGGA